AUGGAGGAUGAAAGCGUAGGCGACUGGGACGAUCUGCUGCUUUCCUAUGCAGUAGAUUCAGCUGCAGCAGAUGAUCAUCCGUCUCUGGCAGCGGACGACGUUCAGCCUACUGCAUCUGUACAUGUAAAUGCUGCUGACGCAGACUAUGAUUCCUGGGACGCAAUGUUUCUGCCUGCAGUCCCUCCGCCUGGUCAUGCAGCACAGAUGGAGGCUGCAGAGACCGAUAGAGUGGCCGUCCCGGCCAAUCGAUUGUAUGGGAACCCCAGCAGUCUGCAGCACAUUGGGACACGGCUGCACCAGAGUUUGUUUAGCUGGUUUCGCCAAGCACGCUCGGCUAUGCAGCGGCAGCUGCAGACCCAGGGCGUGGAUAGAGAGCAUGAAGGACAGGAGGCCAACGAAGCUAUGGUUCCGGCUGAGGCGGGCCAGACAUCUUUGGAGGCUGUAGUGCAGACUUAUGUGACAGAGCCGAGCUUUGCAAGCUUCCGCGCUGCCAGACGAGCCACUGGUGUGCCUGAAACCAGCAUGAGACGGGAAUUGGUCCAGUUCGCUUGUGCGCUGCUCUACAGCACGACCUGGCUGUUGGGAGCUUUCUUCCGGGGCUGGUUGCAAGUGUACCGUGGCCCACGGUUUCGGCCAUUGAUGUUUGUGUCCAAGGUGCGUUAUGAUGAGACGCCUUUGAAGUUGAAGGUGCGAGAUGCGAAGUCUUUCCUGCAUGAUGCAAGUGCAAGCAGCGACCAGCCAAUGUCACUGGCGACUUAUCAUCAUCCACCGCUCGGGCAAGUUUCGCACCUCACUGCAGUUGGCGACAAAGCGAACGCAGACAGCUACACCCAUGCCAAAAUAUUUUGUGUGGAGUGGACACUUGGUUUUCUCUCUGUGGAUGUGCAGAGCAAGGAGCAUCACUUCGUGACAUGUGAAGUUCCUACGCACUUGUACUGCAUAGAUCGCACCACAGGCGAAAACCAGUUAGCAGUGCUUCAAGACAUUGAGAACAAAGUGCCCGAGCUGCGGCACUUCCGAGAAAAGCACCCUUUGCAAGUUCGGCUGGCUGUCGCCGAUAGGUAUUCAGCUAACUUGGUGGCUGAGCGUGAGAUCCAACGCCAGAAUCCAGACCAGACGACGGGCUUGAUUGGUUGCAGUGUCCACAAAGCUGCUUCCUCCCUGAAGUUCUCAACCAACCUAGAGGCCAAGACCAUAUCCGGAGUGGUCCAAACUGGCCUGGCUCUUGAGUCUGUAGGCUCUGCGCAAAAGCUGCGCAAAUGUCUGCAGCAAAUAUUUCACGAAGAGCUCGAGAUCGUGUUCGAUCUCCCUCCAGGAGGACAGAUCGCAGCUUACCGGAAGGAGUUGCUUGAUCUGUUUGUGUCAACACGAGCAGUUGGCGCAAGUCCGCGCAUCAAUGCCCAGAGACAGUUUGUGCUGAAUCAAUACUGCAAUUCAGACUUGCAGUCGGCUCGAAUUAUCCAUUACUGUGGGCCCGGAUGUUGCUCAUCGCCUGAGCAAACCUUCGAGAUGUUCCUGGGAUUUGUGUCGUGGUCUUUGAUCCCAUCGAAGUGUGGCCUGCUGUCAAGAAAGGCUUGGCUCGGAGCGGACCGACCAGUAGAUUUCAUCGGUCUCCUUUCCUGUGUGUGGCAAUUGUGGCCACGGGUGCUGUCCAAGUACACAGGCAAGCCUCAACCUGGGCUUGUCAACAGUGCCAAGCAAGACGACGCCGAUGAGAACUCCUGGGACAGCCUCGAGGCUGUAGCGCUAUUCCGCCGGCCUGGCUCGGCCGACGCCUCGCAUGAUUGCGAGAGUGGGGCGGUUGAGGAAGCAGCUCCUCCAGACAUGCUCAAUGUUGAUGCAGACACUUGGGCGCAGAUGAACCAGAAGAACCGAUCCGCAGCUAUGUCGUUUGCUUGCUCGGCAAACGUCGCCGAGAGAUUGGUGAUCCUGCGACAGACCAUGGAGGUGGGCUUGCAGCUACUGUACCACAUGCUCCAUGUUGCAGGGCCACAAUGGGAAGCUGAACAGAAAAAGAAACAGGCUGAGACAGGGCAGCGCAGCUACAGGGUGCUCGACGCAGCCACCGGGGAGUACUUGAAAGGCUUCUUUCAACAAGCGUCUCAGAUGAUGCUGAGCGCGCCGAGAGCAUUGGCCAAGUCUUCCUACACCCGACGAUCUCGCGCCACCAUGUUUCGACUGCUGGCCAGUUUGAUGGCUUGUAUCUGCUACUUCCUGCAGAGGUGCUUUGAAGGCUUCCCGUACUGUCUCUUCAAGCUCCUCAUCGACCCGACGGCAGCAGAUGAGAUUCUGAACCAGCGGCCUGCCUGUAUGCGGGACAGCCUCUCUGACAACUUCCUGCAGAAAUACAGUAAGCCGUCCGAUCCCGAGGCACUGUGUGCCUUGCACGCAUUGGCGAUUCUCCUCGAGCUAGACAUAAGCGGCGUCGAGUCGGGACACAGCUCUGUGAGGGAGUACACAAUGAGCAGAGGCAGGGGGCAUACCCCAGACCUUGCUCAAGUAUCAGCCAAACGCCUCUGUGCGUGGUUCGGCCGUAAAUAUGUGCAUCCUUCUGAUCGAAAGCAGAAUGCUCAGCAAAAGCGGAAACAGCGCAAGGAGAAGAAGCAUGCGCGACCUGGUGGCGCUUGGCGCGCGUUUUGCUCGGACAGAGCGAAAGGGCAGAAGUUCAACCGCGUCCUGCUAAGAGCUCUCUCUGCCGAGUACCGUGGGCUCUCCCAAGACGAGUACGAGAUGUACCGGGAAAGAGGUGUUGCAGCAACCGCUGCUGCACGUCUUGGCAACAAGCGCCCCUUCAGCUUGGUGGACCAGCCGGACCAGCCGUUGCAGCUUGCUCUACGCCCUGCCGAGGUUCUAGAGAAGCACACAGACCUGGUCCUCAGGCUGCCUGGCAGUGACUUUGAAUCCCAGUUUGAAGUUCUUCGGGCCCGACUUCGUGCUGGUCACCGAGCUGACAAGUCCCGGGCGGCAGUUGCCCCCGCCGACGUUCCCCUUGACACUAGCUUCUUGCAGCAGGCCCUUGACCGAGGUGGAGGCCCUGGCCUCGUGGAAGGUGUUCGCACCCGCCCGCACGCGGCAGCAGUUCCCAAGUUGCAGCACCACUGCUUCGUUCCCCCCGCUGUCGGCUUUGCCAAGGAUGCUUUAGCGUUCAGCAAGAGCCGACGCUCUCAGAUGGAGGGCACCCAGACUUCUUCCAUGAGUGAUUGGCUGCACAACCAAUGGACUCUGGAGCACACGAGCCUUCGGCACGAAGACCGGAGCAAGAUACCUAGGUCCAAGAAGCAUGCGUCCGGCAUGGGACCAUGUGGUCUAACGGGGACCUGCUCCUGCUCCCGGCCUAAGGAGCAGGAGUUCUGCAAAAAGCUGGCGCAGUUGCUUCGAAAGACCUUCUGGAAGCGCCGCGGAGUCGCAUGCGCUGAACGCUUGGACUACGAAGCAGGCCGUCUGGUGGUCUCUCUGAAGAUUGGUGACGGCGAGCAGGAGGUUUUUUUCUUUCCCGGCUACACAAAUUUCACAACAUGGACUUUUUCAGCUGUCGUGCUUCGGCCUCGUGGACGCCAGGACGAAGCAGGCGUUUUGAAACUUGUCUUCGGUGAUGAGGAGACACAUGUUGUGGAGAGCCCAUGGACGGUGCUGGCAGACCUGCUGACCAUGCAGGCGUUGGUGAGAAAGUUCGUGGACGUGUCCAAGCCGUGCACGUUACGACUUUGGAAGAUUCUGGAAGAUGAACAGACAUUGGCCGUGUGGCAGAUGCAACCUCGUUUCGUGGAUGUUUGCUUGCACGCAGAUGAGCUUGCAUUCUGGCUAGAGUCAAGUGAGUUUAGUUCGGCGUCAGCGGCGGCGAACAGAGACCAGUACCACGGCGUCCUGGACGAUAUGGGUGACGACGCUGCAGAUGACGAGCAGCAGGACGACGACGAUGAAGAAGACAACAGGUCGCUGUUCGGCGAUUCCGAUUCGCCAGCUGCGUCCCAGAAUGCAGACGAUGAGGCGGUGGAGGCAUUGCUCGGUGAUGCAAAUGCGCAGCUGGGCCCAGAUGCAGAUGCUGGAUCCGAUGCCUCCCAGUCGGAACAUGAGGUGCAUAUUCCUGAUGACUUGUUCCCAGCAGAGGAGCCAGUGCCCGAUGCUGUUGCUGCAUUGCUGGCAUUGCCGGAGAACCCAAACGACGCCGCAGACGAGGAUGCUCCCGGUCCGGGCGCACCUGCAGACGCCGCUGCGGCGGCUCCUGCGGCACCAGCCGCGCCAGCAGUUGCGAGGCCAAUCGGCACGGAGAGUUAUGCAGGCGACAACGGCAAGCCACUGCCGGCAAAAGGGCUCUACAUUGUCUUCCUGCGGAAAGACAUCUACAGCAAGGACGACGUGCUACUUUUCAAGAAGAUCUGCCAGGACAUUGGCCAGAAACAACAGGCACAUGGGCCACUCGAGAUCUUCGAUGUGCUGUUGCCGGAGUGUGGUGCCGACUAUGCGGCUGAGAUGGCCAAGGUCUCCGCGGAGACACGUGGGCAGGACGGGCGGUGUGCUCACAUGUGUAGUUCAUACACAGCCAAAGAGUUUGGUGAGUCUAGUGUGCACACAUACUCGCAUUAUACAUGCGCAGACGCAUACACACACACACACACACACGCACACUAUAGGAACGAACGGAAUUGA